UCCGAGUGGUUCCGUUCCGAGUUCGUAAGUCAGUCGGCAAAAUAAAUUUGUCAAUUUCAUUGUAAAAAACAUUGGAUUUGUGACUGUCAAAUAAAAUGUCGAUUUUACAAAAUUGCGGAAUGAACACUGUUUAAAUCUAGUUAUAACUUCGUGUUCUCGUAAUUGCAGCUGAGAAGCUGUAGGGAAGUCAAAUAAAGUACUAAUCACACAAGAUGGAUGUGGACACGGAUGGUCGAAAAUCUCGCUCAAGGAGCAAAUCUGCGGAAUCCACUUCAAAAAUGUCUCACGACGGGUCCCCACAGUCGAGGCGGUCUUCCAAGUCCAAGUCCCGCUCUCGCUCGCGCAGCGGCUCGCGCUCGCGCUCCGCCUCCCCGCGCUCCCCGCAGUCCCCGCGCUCGCCGCGCUCGGGCCGCUCCCGCAGCGGCUCGCGCUCCAAGUCCCGCAGCGGCUCGCCCGCGCGCUCCCGCUCCCGCAGCAGAUCCGGGAGCGCAUCUCCGAGGAAAUCCAGAUCACGAAGCGGCUCGCCGGCCAAAUCUCACUCCCGAAGCGGAUCCCCCAAAAGAUCUCGCUCCCGCAGCGGUUCACGAGCGAAAUCCCGCUCUCGCAGCGGAUCUCCGAGGAAAUCUCGCUCCCGCAGUGGAUCCCCGAGAAAAUCUCGAUCGGGGAGCCCCUCGCCGACGCGAUCGCGGUCCGGCAGCGCCUCGCCGGCUAAGUCUAAGUCUCGAUCGGGCAGCGGCUCUCCCGAGAAGUCUCGAUCUGGAAGCAAAUCGCCGGCCAAAUCGAGAAGCAGAUCUCGCAGCAAGUCCAAGUCCAGAAGCAAAUCGCCCGGCGCCAGGGGCUCCAAGAGCCGCUCCAGAUCCCGCUCGCCGGAGCGCAUGGAAGUAGACGGCGACGGCGAAGCCAAACGCGGCCGCUCCCGAAGCGCUUCGCGGGAAAGGAGUCGGUCACGGUCCAAGUCGCCGGCGGGUUCUCGCGCCAGUCGUUCACGUUCGCGAUCGGGAUCGCGAAAAUCUCGUUCGCGCUCCCGAUCGAAGAGCGCCGGCCGCGACAGCGCCAAGAGACGCUCAAGAUCGGGGUCACGCAAGUCACGAUCGCGAUCCCGCUCCCGUUCUAAGUCCAAAUCGAGAUCUCGGUCUCGUUCCCGCUCCAAGUCCCGGUCUCGAUCUCGCUCAAAGUCCCGAUCUCGAUCGCGCUCCAAGUCUCGCUCGCGCUCCAAGUCACGCUCGCGCUCCAAGUCUCGCUCGCGCUCCCGCUCACGUUCCAAGUCGGGUUCUCGCUCGCGAUCCGGAUCCCGCUCCAGGUCCCGCUCGAGAUCCAAGUCCCGCUCCAGGUCUCGUUCGAGAUCUAAAUCCCGAUCCCGCUCGAGAUCCCGUUCCGGGUCUGCCAAAUCUAGGUCAAGGUCUCGUUCGCGAUCCCGCUCACGGUCGCGCUCGAGCUCGCGCUCCGGCUCCGGCUCGCCGUCCCGUCGAGGCAAGAAGCGGCGCGCGGUGCGGCUGGAGUCGGACGACGAGGGCGGGGAGCGCGCGGGCGGCGAGGGCGAGGGCGCGCCCGAGGGCGAGCCCGGCGCCGCCGCGCCCGCGACCGCCGCAGACGAUUCUUCCGACGACGAGGGCCCAGUCGGGGGAACGAGCGCGGAGAUGCAGGGCGGCAUGACGGACUUCGAGAUCAUGAUGGCGCGCAAGAAGGAGGAGCGGCGCGGGCGGCGGCGGCGGCGCGACAUCGACAUCAUCAACGACAACGACGACCUCAUCGCGCACCUGCUGCAGCAGAUGCGCGCCGCCGCCGACGACGACCGCGACCUCAACAAGCGCAACCAGCCCGCCGUGCGCAAGGUGUCGAUGCUGAAGUCGGCCAUGUCGCAGCUGAUCAAGAAGGACCUGCAGCUGGCGUUCCUGGAGCACAACGUGCUGAACGUGCUGUGCGACUGGCUGGCGCCCAUGCCCAACCGCGCGCUGCCCUGCCUGCUCAUCCGCGAGUCCGUGCUCAAGCUGCUCAUGGACUUCCCCGCCAUCGACAAGUCGCUGCUGAAGCAGUCGGGCAUCGGCAAGGCGGUGAUGUACCUGUACAAGCACCCCAAGGAGACCAAGGCCAACCGCGAGCGCGCCGGCCGCCUCAUCUCCGAGUGGGCGCGGCCCAUCUUCAACCUCUCCACGGACUUCAAAGCGAUGACGCGCGAGGAGCGCCAGGCGCGCGACCAGGCCAUGGCGGGCGCGCGGCGCCGCUCCGACCCGCCGCCCUCCAAGCGAGCGCGCACCAUGGAUCCCGACUCCGACCGGUCGGUGCGGCCGGGCGAGCCGGGCUGGGUGGCGCGCGCGCGCGUGCCGCUGCCCAGCAACAAGGACUACGUCGUGCGCCCCAAGUCCACCAGCGAGGUCGACAUGUCGCGGACGAGCAAGAAGAAGAUGACGCGGUACGAGAAGCAGAUGAAGAAGUUCAUCGACCAGAAGCGCAUGAAGAGCGGCUCGCGCCGCGCCGUCGAGAUCUCCAUCGAGGGCCGCAAGAUGGCGCUGUAGGCUUCUACGACUCACGGCCACAUACGAGUAGAUAGGGACUUUGACUGAAAACUUUCAUUAUUGUCGUUGGCUGAGAUUACGGUUUUGUAACGGGACGGCUUAACCGAUCGCUUCGCGUGAUCCAUUAUUUGCAUUCUAUAGUAUAUAGGACCGUUGACGCUGACAGUGAUUCGUUUAUUGCUUCCUUCCUCUCCAACGUGUGGUAAUGAACGCUUAA